AAUAGUCAAUCGAAGCCGACUUACCGUGGGAUAAGUACGCUGGCCACCAUCUCGAACUCUUUAAGGAUAGAUCCCCGUUGCAGGUGGAAAAGGACGAUUUGGCGAUGGAACACAGAAGAUUGGUUGGCAUUCUGCAUUUCUAAAGGCGGUGCGAAAGGGGAGGCUGUCGGGCAAAUCGGAGGGGGUCAGUAUAGUCCCGUUGCUGCAUUGGACAGAGAAACAAACUCUGUAUUGAUGUUAGAUACAGCAAGGUACAAGUAUCCGCCACAUCGGAUUCCUAUUGAACUGAUAUUUCAUUAGGGUUCAGAGCCACCUCAAAGUUUUGAAAAUUUAAGGUGGCUCUGAACG